UGGGGGGCUAUUGAGGUGUGGCAUUUGGUUUUAUCAGCAGAUUUCAGUUUUGGGCGAGCCUUUCAAUUACAACAUCUGCACGUACGUACACGCUACUGUCUGGUGUCUCUGCGAGCUACAGCUAGCUACGGCAUAAAAAAGAGAUGGCUCAGCUAUGGCAAGAUUUUCUAGAUGCCCCGGGCUAUUUAAACCAUUCGCCGUGGUUUCCCAAUCCACUCAUAGCAGGUCGAGACAUGGCUAUCUCAGGUUACACUGAGACCAUGAACCGGCUUCCCUGGCGAGGGUUGGGGGUGUGGCUUGAUGAGACUGUGGAGUGGGUGGACAGAAGUGUUGUGUUUGAGUUAUCUUGUAUUACGAUGCCGCUGUUCAUUGCCGUAUUCCUCACGAUGCUCCGACUAUUCCUGAACUGGGCUCUGUUCACGCGUAUUCCAGUGUGGUUCAAUCUCUCAAAGGAUGGGCGGGAAAAGAUGCCGGAGAGUUUGUGGAAGGGUUGCUUCUAUACAGUGACCUGGGUGUGGGCGUGCUAUAUCAUCUCCUCAGGGGAACAUAACUACUUCUUUGAUCUACGUAGCCAGUGGAACAACUGGCAGCCGGGUAUAUCAGUGGACGAGGCUCAGUAUUGGUUGUAUAUGUUUCAGAUGGGCUUCUACCUUCACUGUUGCUAUGCUACUAUUUAUCUGGAGACAAUACGUCGUGACUUCGUUGUACUCAUGCUCCAUCAUAUUCUCACUCUCGGCCUACUCUUGUUCUCCUAUAUAGUCAGGUUCCAUCUGAUUGGUCUGUUGGUGCUAUUCGUACAGGACAUUGGCGAUGUUGCUCUAGAGUUCUCUAAAUGCAUGAUAUACUUCAAAGACCGUAAUGGCCGCACUUACUAUUGGCCUGAGCUUAUAGCCAAUAUGGGCUUUGGCUUCUUCACCAUUCAACAUGUUUUGUUUCGGCUCUACUGGUACCCCACGAAGGUCAUCUAUUCUGCCGUCUAUGUUGGACCCACCGUGUUCAAGGGGGGGCCCUGGUUUCUUGUGUUCCUGCCUAUGCUCUGGGGACUGUACGCCAUGCAGGUUUACUGGUUCAGGUUUAUUAUGCGUCUGCUCUGGAAGAUCGUUGUCAAGGGCGAGGAGUUAGCUGACACUCGAGAAUUUGAAGAAAAGGGCGGGGAUGGAGAGGUCAAAAAUGGAGGUCCAAAGAAAAACAAGAAGCAGAAGAAAGAACAAUAGUGUAUCCAAAAUAGUGUCCGAAAAAGGAACUUUUAUCAUAAUAAUAAGUGACUGUCUAGAAGAAGUGCUAUUUUUUGGCAACAAUUAAAUUACAUGUGUGCUUGCUUAAUUCUAUUCUCCUCUACAGUGUUAUAUCGAUGAUCUUCAACUUGA